AUGCAGGAUGCAGGAAACCUCUUUGACAACAGGAAAAGCGAGAACGAGACUCGGGAGAAUAAACCCAAUGAAACCAGCGACAAGUCUGACCCGAGCAUCUGCUGCGUGCAGGGCCCUGGUCCUGGACCUUUGCUGCUGUGUGCCCCGCUGGGUCCGAAGUGGAUUCCAAAGUGGAGCCACCGACCUCCGUAUAUGUAG